CUAGGAUAUAUCAUAUUGAAGAAGAAAUUAUGAAAAAAGUCUUCAACAAAAUUGAUACUGAUAGUAAUGAUUUUGUUAACGUUGAUGAAUUAUAUAAUUUCAUGAAAUCAAGAUCGAAACAUAAAAAAGACAA